AUGACCGCUCAGAUUGGUGGUUCCAUCCCCGGCGUCAAGGAGACCGACCAUCAGGUUGCCAUGCGUGAUGGUGAGAAGAUCACUUGUCGUGUCUAUCAGCCUGAGAAGGCGCCAUCUGGUGGAAGUGCAUUGUAUGUCAUGUUUCACGGAGGCGGCUGGUGUAUUGGUGGCUUGGAGAAUGAGGAACUCUUGUGCCGACUGAUGUGCUCGAAAUUCGGUGUCGUCGCUGUCAAUAUUGACUACAGACUCUCGCCUGAACACAAGUUUCCAAUUCCAGUACACGACUGCCACGAUUCCACGGCAUGGGCUGCGAAGAAUGCCUCCGAUCUUGGAGCAGAUCCCUCCAAGGGUUUCAUCAUUGGCGGCACAUCCGCUGGAGGCAACUUGACGGCAGUAAUCACGAACCUUUGGCGAGAUGAUGGAGCAAAACUGCCAAUCACUGGCAACCAUCUCAUGAUACCCGCAGUGUGCUACGGUCCUGCAUUACCAGAGAAAUACAAGAAAGACUACCGCUCCUACGACCAGAACGCCAACGCCGCCAUCCUAGGCACAAAAGCCAUGGAUCUCUUUGCCGACAACUACAUCCCAGCCUCCCAACGCACCGACCCCAAGUUCUCCCCCUUACUGGUCAAAAACGGCCAAAAAGGGCUUCCGACCUCUUACUUCCAGAUCUGCGGCCAAGACCCUCUGCGCGACGAAGCGCUUAUUUACGAGAGAAUCCUGCGAGAGGAACAGGGCAUCAAGACGAAAGUGGAUGUUUAUCCCGGCCUGCCGCAUGGAUUCUGGAGUAUCGCGCCACAGCUCAAGGCCAGUGAGAAGUUUGUGGAGGAUUCGUUGAAGGGGGUGGGGUGGUUAUUGGAGCAGAAGUGA